UGUUCUGCCUUGCUAAGGAUCACUAUAAGCAAACAGAUUGUUGCUUUCCCUUGUGCUCUCUGCCCUAGAACCCUCUUCUCCAGCCCCCUGGUCAAUAGUGCAGCAAGAUCAAGGGGAAUACAGGAGAUAGUGGCAGCCCCUUGCCAUGCUUCUUGUAGCUAGAAAAGCAUUUAUACGUUAGGGUCUCUAAAGGGAGAAGCAGGGAAGUAGCUACAGCAACCUCACUUGUUCUCGUCUAUAGUGCAAAAGUCUCCACUUUCUGCCACAGGACAAGUGAAGGGGAAGAAUGAGUCUGGGGUUACGAUUCAAAGUCCCGGCUGUUAGAAAUGGGCUUCCUGCUGCAUGUCUUCAGGGAUUCACAGCCUGGAGGAAUCUCUGGAUAUGCGGUCAGAGAGAUCAUCCCAGGAGGCCUGCUAGCUCCAUGGGGGGCCGAAAUCUUCCCUUAACUUCCUUAGGAUUUAGCUUCAUCCCUGCAAGUGGAAUUUUCCUGCAGAGAAAGCUUCUGGAAUGCCAAAGAGAGAAGAUGCCAAUUGCCUGUGGAGCGAGAAGGAUACAAGGGGCCAGACCUAUCUCUUUAUCCGCUGCUGCCACAGGCAUCUUUGGGAUGGGCAGAGGAGGAGAUGACAAUGGGAACCAGAAGCUCACCCUGCAGGACGUGGCAGAAUUAAUUCAGAAGAAGGAGUGUCACCGAAUGGUGGUGAUGGCUGGGGCUGGGAUCAGUACUCCCAGCGGCAUCCCAGAUUUUAGGUCUCCUGGGAGUGGCCUGUACAGUAACCUUCAGCAAUAUGACAUUCCCUAUCCAGAAGCCAUCUUUGAACUUGCCUAUUUCUUCCACAACCCUAAGCCCUUUUUCACUUUAGCUAAGGAGUUGUACCCUGGCAAUUACAGGCCUAAUUACUCCCAUUACUUCUUGCGACUCCUGCAUGACAAAGGGCUCCUUCUGCGUCUGUACACCCAGAAUAUUGACGGGCUGGAAAGAAUUGCUGGGAUCCCUCCUGAUAAGUUGGUAGAAGCUCAUGGCACUUUCGCCACUGCCACAUGUACUGUCUGUCGGAGAUCCUACCCAGGGGAGGACUUCAGAGGAGAUGUGAUGGCAGACAAGAUCCCCCACUGCCCAGUCUGCACCGGACUCAUCAAACCUGAUAUUGUGUUCUUUGGAGAGCAGCUCCCUCAGCGGUUCUUCCUACACGUGGCAGAUUUCCCCAUGGCAGAUGUGCUCUUUAUCAUUGGAACCUCCCUUGAGGUGCAGCCCUUUGCCAGUCUGGCAGAUGCAGUCCGCAGCUCUAUUCCUCGUGUGCUGAUCAAUCGAGACUUGGUGGGACCAUUUGCAUACCAGCCACAGUACAAUGAUGUGGCCUUGCUGGGAGAUGUGGUCAGUGGGGUGGAGAAGUUUGUGGAGCUGAUGGCCUGGAAGGAAGAAAUGCAGGAGCUAAUUCAAAGGGAAACAGAAAAGCUGGAUGCAAAAAACAAAUAGGACACCUGCCCUCCUGCUGCUGGAAAAUGAUGUUCACCUUGAAAAGGGGUAGGUGCUAUCCCCAUGAGCUGUGGAAACAUUACAGAAGAGAGCUGGGGAAGAUGCUCUCCAGCUUUGCAAUGGCUAAUGGACUGGACCUAAGAACUGGGGGCUCCCUGAGGACCCUUUUAGCUGCCUUGCCCCAGUAUAGAAAAAACUAUCACAAAAAACUCAUAGCAAGUGAAAACUCAGUGACAGGCUGUGGCCAGGUAUUGCAGAUGUUCCCAAUCAGAUACCUCAGCAUGGUAAUGUGUCCACUGAACUCCAUGAUCUCUACCUUUUCCUGUCUUCCAUUCACCAAAGACACACAUUUGGGGAGACUCUGCCUCUCUUUGUCUGCCAUCUUUUAACCUCUGUACAAACUGUCAUCCCAACUUUGGUGAGACUCAUUCAUUUCUUUCUCACCAGGAAUUCUGGACGAGAAAUUCAGGAUCAAAUUUUCCUAAAUGUCUUGUGAGUCUAGGCAUCCCAAGUUUUGGCUGCUAAAUCUGAAAUACCCAGGCCUGUCAGAGAGCAAGAGCUCAGAAUGUCCUGAAAAUCUGGCCUGUCCUAUUUAUAAUGCUUCAAGUUGGGCAGCCAAACAAACUCACUAAUCCACUUUUGAAAAUACUAGUUAGAUCUGUCUCGUUCUAUUACUGCUGAGAUAAGCACUGAAGUCCAGCAGACAGUUUCAUAGAAAUUGUCUGGCCCCCUGAACCAGCUCCUCAAAAAAGCAGGUCUCGAAUGCAAGUAGGCUUUUUAAUAUUUAUUUAUUGCAAAUUUGUAGUGUGCGUCAUGUGGGUAAAAUCACUGCUAAUCAGGAAGGGAAGGGAAUUUGUCUAAAAAUGAUUCUUAGAAAUCCUGCUGAUGUUGAGCAAACAACCCUGUGGGCCAGUUUAAGCAGCUCAUUGAAUGGAAUGUAGUUUGAUAUCUACACUGAUAAUACUUAUUAAUGGUAAUAAUUAAUACCUUUGCUGAUGUCUACACAUGGUAUUUCAAUGUCUUGUUUCACACAUUUCCAGCUGUCAGUGUUUUGAUUGCACUUCCUUCAAUUCUGUUCAUCUGUCCUUUUAUCAUCCCUCAUUUCUCUUACUUAUUCACUUAGCAGCUAUUCACCCUUUAUAUGCUGGCUUAGUUUCUUACAGUUUUACAGCUCACCGAAUGUUCCAGUCAUAUGGAGCAGUAGUGUCUAUUCACUGAUUCUCCUAGGGAGGGGCUAUUGGUCUGGAAACCAGGAUUACUUUCUCCUCUUUUCAUAAGGUGCCAGGGGAUAUUUAAUUUGCACAUCACACAUGGUCAAACGGGAAAUGUUUAAUGUCUCAUCAGAAAGCACCAUUAACAGUGAGGUCCCUUUCCCUCUCUCAUUAGAGUACGGUCUUUGCAGCUGAGCCCAAGUUCCAGUGUAGAUUUAAAAUUGCACCUUUUUAGCCUAGCAGUGAAGGCAGCAAUAAUUAGCUCGUCUAUUACAGUAUUUUUCUGAAAAAACACAACGAAGAGGGGAUGCAAAACACUUUGUAUCAAUGUGAUUAUGGUUAAUAUUUUGAAAUGCACAAAAUUCAAGGAAUUUGAAUGUUAAGGUUUCUGUAGUUACUGUAACUGCAUUUUUGUAUGUUGGUAUUUCUUUGUAUUGUGUUAGCCUUUAUGCCUUAAUAUGUAUGUGCAAUGUGACUAACUUACAGUUGGGCUACGUCUACAUUGGCCCCUUUUCCGGAAGGGGCAUGGUAAUUUUUGAAAUCGCAA